AUGUCAGCACUCGACAAACCGGGCGAGGUGUAUGAGGAGGACAUGGGAGGUCAAGAGCAGACGCUAGACAGCUUUGACGAACACCAGUUGAAGAGACUGAAGAAGAUAAAUCGCAAAGUAGACAUUCGACUCCUUCCAGCCCUGGGAGCUAUCUACGCCAUCAGUGGGAUUGAUCGAACAAACCUCGCCAAUGCUCAAGUUGCAGGCAUGGGCAAAGACCUGGACAUGCUGAAAGGGAGUCGUUAUUCCAUUGCGGUCUGCGUCUUCUUCAUCACCUACUUCAUUUGCGAAAUCCCGAGCAACAUAAUACUCCGCAAAGUUGGGGCGGCCUUGUGGCUCUCAUUUCUUGCCUUCGCAUGGGGUAUCUGUGUCCUAGGAGCUGGCUUUACGCAUCAUUGGGGUGAAAUGGUGCUGAUCAGGCUUCUGCUUGGUAUAUUUGAGGCUGGAUUCAUACCUGGAUGUGCAUACCUGAUUAGCUGUUGGUAUGAGAGAUACCAGAUGCAGACUAGAAUCUCCAUAUUCUUCUCUUUAUCUCUCCUCGCCACCGCGUUUGGAAACAUCCUAGCAUACGGACUGAUCCAUAUGGAUGGUGUCGGCGGUCUCGCAGGUUGGCGAUGGAUAUACAUCAUCGAAGGGCUGAUGACAAUCGUGCUCGCAGUCUACGGAUACAUAUUCAUCAUCGACUUUCCCGACAAGAUCCACUUGGCUCGCAGGCCAUAUUUGACGCCGGAUGAGGUUGCAUUGGUGCAAGCAAGAUUGCAGGCGGAUCGAGGAGACGCCGAGUUCGAUCCCAUCACCUGGAAGAAAACAAUUAAAACGCUGGCCAAGUGGCAACUAUGGAUAUAUGCCCUCUUCUUCCUCACCUCGGGAGUCGGCGUUUAUGCCUUCGCCUACUUCCUCCAGAUCAUCGUCAAAGGAAUGGGCUACUCGGUCUCCAACACCUUCCUCCUCUGCGCGCCUCCUAAUAUUGCUGCGAUCUUCUACAUCAUCGCUGUUUCGAAGCUAGCGGACAAGCUGCAUCAGCGUGGCGCCAUCGUGGCUUUCCAGGCUACAACCGCAUUCGUAGGGCUUAUGUUGAUCGAGUAUUGCAAGAACAACGGUGUUAGGUACUUUGGAACCUUCCUCGGGAUCGCAGGGUGCGCGGGUAAUGUACCGGCAUCACUGGCUUACCAGGCGAACAACAUCAGAGGCCAGUCAACGAGAGCUAUUGGCUCCGGUCUUCAAGUUUGCUUUGGUGCAAUCGGUGGCGUGAUCACGGCCAACGUCUUUCUUCAACGAGAAGCUCCAAAGUAUCCCACUGGAAUCUGGGUUUCUGCGGGCUGCCAGAUCUUGACGGUGCUUCUUGUAUGCGUCCUGACGGUCUUCCAUGUGUACGCGAAUCGACAAGCGGCGAAGGGAAGAAGGGUGAACGAGGGGCUGGAGGGGUUCAGAUAUACGUAUUAACCGAUAUAACCGACAUAGCCGAUACCCAGUUGGAGAGGUGCGCUCAAUGUGUGUGAAUCAGAAGAGCUAUAUGGUCAGGAUGAGAAUUCCAUAGCGACCGUUGGUGGCAAAGAGGGAAGCUUCAGGUGUACGUAUUCCAAUGAUCAUGUGACCAGCCCC